AUGUUUCGAGAACAAGCGGCUAAGGAAGCAGCCGCAGCAGCUGCAAAGGAAGCUUGUGAGGCUAAUUUCCAUAACUGCCCGGAAGGCAUGCAAGCUGCACAGGAGCUUGCUGCUGCUGCCGCAGCAGCUGUGGCAAAAUCAAGGAAGGAAAGGCAACAGAGGCGAGCUGCAGAGGCAAGUAAUUCCUCUCCGCCUCAAACUGCAGCUGAAGCCACCCGGCAAAUGUUAACUAAAAAGAGGCUUAUGUCUAAAGUCAACUACGAUGUAUUGGAGAAACUUUUUGAUGAAUCUGCAGCUCCUGAGAACGCCAAGAAAAUUCGAACCAAAUCAGAUUCUUACAAUGAUGGCAACGUGCCACAUUCCAGCAAAGAAGAUACAGAAUUGAAGGGCCCUUACGAAGAUUCAGGGGUUACCGGAGCAGCUUACAUUAAUGAUAUGUGUUUAGACAAUAUGGAAGGAUAUGAUUACGAUGACGGUUAUGAUUUUGAUGAGUACUGA